GCCAUUUCAAUAAUCCCCAUUUGGUCAACAUUUCAGAUUUAAUCAUUUCUGCAGUAUCUAACACAGGAUAUCCUAGCAAGAUCUUUCAAGAGAAAUGUGACUCAUGGUCUUUCGUAUCAGUGGAUGCAAGUUCCUGUUUUGCAGAAAAUGUGCUCCUACACUUUCAGGGUAUGCUCUUUCAGUUAUUCUUCACUCCGAACCUAAAAAAAAAUUCUGCAUAUGUAUUCCCUCUUGAAAAUAAGUGUCAUUUAUUGUAAAAACAAGUAAAGCAUGGUCCUGAUGUUUUCAUAUAGGGUCUUGUUUGGAACGAUAGUUCCUGACCAACUUUACAAUGAGGUAACAUUACUUUUUUUGUUCCCCUUGUCUUGUAGUUGGUGGAUGGUGGUCUCAUGUUUCUGCUCCUUAGUUUGACUAGGAUUUCUGCACAGAGAGAAAUGUCCUUAAACCCCACUACAAUAGGUCAUUACACAGGUAUAGCAUCUUCACAUUUCACACAUUUUACGUCCUAUUAUUACAAAGCAUAGUGAAUAUAUUGUACCUAGAACAAUAGACCUCUUUUAGUCGGGUAAUGUAUGUUAAUAUUUUAGCAGAGUCCCCAUGUAACCGAUCUGAGGGGGAUGCAACUACUGUGACAGAGGGGGAGGGCCUUAGUUUGCCAGCCUACCAUAACCUGAGUGAGUUGGAUUGGGCCAACGUGACUGAGUUUACCUGGUACAGAAACGGAACCCAGGAGCUCCCGUCCUCUGAGGAAGGGCGUGUGCAUCAUCAUGGGCCGGAGCUCUUCUUCCUCCCCCUUUUAAUCAACGACUCUGAUCAGUACUACACCUACUGGUAAUACAACAACAGUGUGUUGAUGUGUGUGUGUUUAGGGGUUAAAUUGGUAAUUCGGAGGUGGGGGAGCCCUAUUUGGGGGGCUUAGGGUUAGGUUGAGGGUUGAGUCUAGGGUUAGUGUUGAACCUGGAUGUGUACAUGAAGCUAGGGCUAGGGUAGGCAUGCACAUUUACAAAGAAAAAAAAACUAAAUGUCCCUUGUCUUGCAUGAACGUUGAAUAAUAUUAUACAGUGCAUUCGGAAAGUAUUCAGACCCCUUUACUUUUUCCACAUUUUGAUACGUUACAGCCUUAUUCUAAAACGGAUUAAAUAAAAUACAAAUCCUCAUCAAUCUGCACACAAUACCCCAUAAUGACAAAGCGGAAACAGGUUUUUAGAAAUUCUUGCAAAUGUAAAAAUAAAAAUGGAUACCUUAUUUACAUAAGUAUUCAGACCCUUUGCUAUGAGACUCGGAAUUGAGCUCAGGUGCAUCCUGUUUCCAUUGAUCAUCCUUGAUGUUUCUACAACUGAAUUGGAGUCCACCUGUGGUAAAUUCAAUUGAUUGGACAUGAUUUGGAAGGCACAUAUCUGUCUAUAUAAGGUCCCACAGUUGACAAUGCAUGUCAGAGCAAAAUCCAAGCCAUGAGGUCGAAGGAAUUGUCCGUAGAGCUCUGAGACAGGAUUCUGUCGGGGCACAGGUCUGGGGAAGGGGACCAAAACAUUUGUGUAGCAUUGAAGGUCCCCAAGAACACAGUGGCCUCCAUCAUUCUUAAAUGGAAGAAGUUUGGAACCACCAAGACUUCCUAGAGCUGGCCGCCCGGCCAAACUGAGCAAUCAGGGGAGAAGGGCCUUGGUCAGGGAGGUGACCAAGAACCUGAUGGUCUCUCUGAAUGAGCUCCAGAGUUCCUCUGUGGAGAUGGUUGUCCUUCUGGAAGGAUCUCCCAUCUCUGUAGCACUCUACCAAUCAGGCCUUUAUGGUAGAGUGGACAUACAGAAGCCACUCGUUAGUAAAAGGCACAUGACAGCCCGCUUGGAGUUUGCCAAAAGGCACCUAAAGGACUGACCAUGAGAAACAAGAUUCUCUGGUCUGAUGAAACCAAGAUUGAACUCUUUGGCCUGAAUGCCAAGCGUCACGUCUGGAGGAAACCUGGCACCAUCUCUACGGUGAAGCGUGGUGGAGGCAGCAUCAUGCAAUGGGGAUGUUUUUCAGCGGCAGGGACUUGGAGACUAGUCAGGAUAGAAGGAAAGAUGAAUGGAGCAAAGUACAGAGAGAUCCUUGAUGAAAACCUGCUCCAGAGCGCUCAGGACCUCAGACUGGGGCGAAGGUUCACUUUCCAACACGACAAAGACCCUAAGCACACAGCCAAGAUAAUACAGAAGUGGCUUCGGGACAAGUCUCUGAAUGUCCUUGAGUGGCCCAGCUAGAGCCCGGACUUGAACCCGAUCGAACAUCUCUGGAGAGACCUGAAAAUAGCUGUGCAUCGACGCUCUCCAUCCAACCUGACAGAGCUUGAGAGGAUCUGCUGAGAAGAAUGGGAGAAACUCCCCAAAUACAGGUGUGCCAAGCUUGUAGCGUCAUACCCAAGUAGACUCGAGGCUGUAAUCGCUGCCAAAGGUGCUUCAACAAAGUACUGAGUAAAGGGUCUGAAUACUUAAGUAAAUGUAAUAUUUCUGUUGUAUUUUUUAUUCAUUUGCUAACAUUUCAAAAAACCUGUCAUUAUGGGAUAUUGUGUGUAGACUGAUGAGAAAAAACAACAAUUUAAUCAAUUUUAGAAUAAGGCUGUAACGUAACAAAAUGCGGAAAAAGGGAAGGGGUCUGAAUACUUUCCGAAUGCACUGUAUUUGAACUUACUCUGCCAAUUUGAAAAUUGAGGCAAAAUAUCCACAAAAAACUAUUAUAACCGUCUUCAAAACGCGGGUCUCGUGUGUGGCAAUAAAGAUGUGUUUGCUCCUGACCUAAGGCCAAGCACAAGAUGGAAGGACAUGCACGCCGAUAUAUGCAUACUGACCAAAAUAUUGCAGGUGUUUACAUGGUUUUGAGCAUGUGCCAGAUGAUAGAAAUAUCAACGGCAGUACCGGCACUCUAAAAAGUCAGGUAAAUAAUACUUUCCUGUCGAUAUUUUGUCUCAAAAUUCGACCCACUGAAGGACCAACCACACAGACAACUGGUAUGGUAAAAUGUAAUACAAUUUUAUUAAACAUUCUGGCUUGUAAGGAAACUUUCUACGUUUUUACACUGCUUAGUUUCAGGCUGUAUAGACUCUUAGAAAAAACAUUUAUCUAUAGCCUAAAAGGGUUAUUCGGCUGGCCCCCAGUUAGAACCCUGUUUGUUCCAGGUAGAACCGUUUUGGAUAACUGGUACACUGUGUAUAUUCAUAUGUUCCAGGAGAAAGGCAGCAAACACCUGCGUCAUAUUUGUGACAAAGGUGAUUGUGGUCAAAGCCCAACCGUUCGAUCACUCAGUCCUGUUCAGUGAUAUCUCAGAUUCAGCAAACAAAAUCCGUAUCCCAUGUCCUGACCCCCGUGGAACAACUGUGCCAGGAUGGAAAAGAAAACUUAGCCUGGUAUAAGGUACUGAACAUGACCAGAAUGCUAACACAAACCUCAAUCCUGCAAAACUAUUUACCAUUGGUUCUCAACUCCUGUCCUAAAGCUCAUAAGUGUUGCACAGUUUUUGUUCUAGCCCAGCACUAACACCCAACUCAUCAUCAAGCUCUUGAUUAGUGGAAUCAGGUAUCUUACUGCUAGUUCAGCAAAGAAGUUUGUCAAAUUGUUUGUCUUUCAUUUCAGAAUUUCAGUCUCAUUCCAAACGAGUCUGAGAGUAAUCUGUGGGUGAAUGGCGCCUCAAAAGCAGACGAGGGCAUCUAUACGUGUGUGUGCACGUGGGAUCACAACGGGAGGGUUCUCAACACUUCUGCAUCCAGGAGACUAAAGAUCCAAGGUAAGUAGGUCGUGGCUUGAUGACAGCUCUGUCAAUCCACUCAGCAUCUUAUUUAUUUGAUUUUAGCUUUACUGAAACCUCAUCCAAGAUGGCAGCAGGGUCAGCAAACAUAGAAACUCUAGGCUAAAUUACAGUAGGUUAUUAGGCUACACAAACAAACAGGAUCAAAAGCAACAUCAAAAGCAACCCUCAUAUCACGUGUGGUCUUUGAGGCAGCAACAAUCAUCAAAAACAUCAAUGACUACAUUUUGAAUGUAUCCAAAAGUAUCUUUCUGACUAAACUGUGCGUUUGUCUCCUUCAGCUCCCUCUGCCUCGCAUCCUCCUCAGAUCAACCUGCCUAGAGACGGAAGCACAGAGACCACUGACCUGUGUAGGGAUCACACCUGGCUCAAAUACUUUCAAAUACUUGUGUUGUGCUUGAUUUGGUUUGCCCGGUAUAUCUCUCCGUCUUCGUUGUAUCUCUUGUUCUUCAUAGACACCACAAAGAAGUUGAGGUGUGAAGCAUUUUGUGGGCAGAACAUUGUAGACAACUGUCACGUGUCGUGGCAGAUGAACGGAGUGACAGUGGGUUCGCAGCAGCAAGGCUACUCAGUGAUCACCACCAGGUAGGUACGCACGCACACACACAUGGAUGCACGCAUACACACAAGCAUACACACACUUGUUUUUGAGAACAUGGUAACAGAAUUUACACAGACCCCAGAUUCACCAUUGAGAAUUCACUGUGUGAAUAUUUUGUGUGUAUGUGUUACUGUAGCGAGGUGGAGGUAUCUUCAAUGCGGAGUAUCUUCACGGCUAUCCUGACCAUAGACACAGUGACUAUCAAGGACCUCCAGUCAGAGUUCAAGUGUGUUGCCAGAAACGACCAGAAAUUCAUUCAUGCAGUGGUGACUCUCAAACCAAGAUGUUAGUGCACACACACUUACACAAACAUCACUCAGACACACAUCCACAUGUCACACAAACAAAAUCACACAUAUACACUCUGUAACUUUCUUGGUGUUGUGUCCUCCAUGUCUUCCCCCAACAGGGUUUAUAUUUAUGGGUCUAUGUGUGGCAUUGCUGCUCUUCUUCUUGCUAGCUGCUGUAGCCGUCAAAGUGUUUGACAUCGAUCUGGCUCUCCUCUUCCGUGGAGUUUUCAAAUGCUAUGAUCGAUCUGAGGGUAAGAACAUCUAGCCAUAGACUAAAGUUUACUGAUGCUAUUUCACUAAGAUAUUUCAUUGUACAGAAAUGCUUAUUCAGCCUACAUUAUCUGUAUAGUAUUGCGUACCAUAUAAACAUAUUACUACAUUUAGUUUUUAGUCACCACACAGGAGCACUCUAACCUUGUACUGUACAGUAAAUGUCUCAAUCGGCCCACUGAUUGUGCAGUGCAGUUGUCACGCCCUGACUCAGAGGACGCUUAUAUGUUGAGUCAGGGUGUGUAUAUUCCUUGUUGUGAUUUUCUAUGUUUAGAUCUAGUAUGUCUAGAUUUAUUGUUGGCCGGUGUGGUUCCCAAUCAGAGGCAGCUGUCGCUAUUGGCUCUAGUGGGUUGUGGGAUCUUGUUCCGUGUUAGGUAUGUUGUUUGUGUACCUUGGACUUCACGUUUCGUUUGUUGUUUUGUCGUUGUUUAUUCGGUUCAAAUAAACAUGUAUGCAUAUCGCUGCGCCUUGGUCUGACCCGUUCAUCAACGAACGUGACAGCAGUUGUUUGCAGUAGGCCUUUCGCAACAGGUCCCGCCUUGGGUCAAUCCCACUACUAGUGUAGAAGUAAUGGGCCAUUUAUACUAAAAUAACUCAAUUUCAGUUCAAAUAGAAUUUAAUCAAAUCUCUCAAAUCUACUCCUUUCAUGCUGAGGUUUGACAGAAACCUCCUCUUUGUCUGUGUUUUCAGAUGGGAAGGUCUAUGAUGCUUACAUUGUCUACCAAAUGGAUGGCAUAGACAAAGACAUGGACGAGAAAGUGUUUCACUUCGUGAGCAGCGUUCUGCCGACUGUCCUGGAGCAGAAGUGUGGCUUUAGACUCUUCAUCCACGGCAGAGACGACCUACCUGGAGAAGGUUGGUUCUUUCAGACUGUGUCUUGCCCUCUAAGAAGCAAAUGUAACAGUAAUAAACAGUACCAAAGUCGAAAGUUAACUUCUCCUGCUCCUCUCUGUUCUGUUGUCCCCAGACCGCAUGGAGUUGGUGGAGGCCUGCAUGCGGCUGAGCAGGAGGCUGAUUGUCAUCCUGACCCCCAGCUCAAGCUCAAGGUCAGGCUCAGGAGGUCAAGGGUCAUGGGGCCAGUGGGGCUACUCGUCAUCGUUGACCUCAGCGGAGGACUAUGACUGUCAGGUGGGGCUCCACCAGGCUCUGGUCCACAGUGAGAUGAGCGUCAUACUCAUCCAGCUGGGAGACAUGGGGGAGGGGGGCUACACACACCUGUCCCCCGGCCUGCAGCACCUGGUCCGCAAGAGUGCCCCCUUAAUGUGGCAGGAGGGAAAGCGUGGGUCGACGCUGCCCAACUCAAGCUUCUGGAAGAGGGUGCGUUACAUGAUGCCUUGGCCGCGCCACUCGACUAGUUUUGACAACCGGUUAAUAUGACUCUUCUAUGUGAACGAUCAGAAGGUCUGAGGACUUGAAGUGCGGUUGGAGGUCUGGGAUUCUGUUAUAGAAGAGAACACCCCAGGUUGUCUCUGAAAAUCCUUAUUCCAGUCAUAGAAAUAGAAUGAAUGAUUCCAGUGCUGUGCAGAGAUAUACACAGGUUAGCUGAGAACGUCACAAAAACGAUGUGUACGCUUCAAUGUGGCAGAAGGCAGUGUGUUGUGAUUCUGGAUGGCUAGCAACAAUGAAUAGAAACUGCCAUGUGGGGAAUCG